AUGAAGGUCACCGAUUUUUUGCUAGGCAAUGAUUUCAUGGUUCAAGAUAUGUACUCAUCAAUUGCUCUGGAAGUUAAAAGACUAUUACAAGAAGGAAUUGCUCUUAAUAUUCUCUCAAUCAGUCCAAUAGAAAAAGCAAUUAACUCGUGGGCUUUGGGAGAUUUGGAAAUGGAUAGAGAGUAUAUAAAGACAAAUUUUAACAUUCAUCAAAUUGAGGCCUUCACUACAGAGAAGAACGAAAAUUGGAUCCUUGCAAAGAGAAAGGCAGAUAAUAAGACAAUCCAAGUACACUUGAAUGGAGCAGCACAAUUAAUUUUACAAGUGUGUUCUUGGUACUAUGAUGCUUCUGGAAGUGUUAACAAAAUUGAUCACGAUCUAAAAUUGAAACUAGAGCAAAAUAUUCAACGUAUGGCUGCCAACAAGCUUAAGUGCAUUGCUUUUGCACAUAAAGAAGUUCAAGAUGAUGCCAAAGCAAAUGUGUUAAAAGAUGAUAUGAUCCUAUUAGGAAUUGUGGGUAUUGAAGAUCGAUGUCGUCCUGAGUUGAAGAAUGUGGUGAAAGAUUUGCAUAAUGCUGGAGUAAAACUCAUAAUGAUCACUGGUGACAAUAUUUGCGGUGCAAAAGCUAUAGCCGAAGAGUGUGGAAUACUUGAACAUCAUAGUGGAGAAGUUGUAAAAGCUGCCGAGUUUAGAAACUUCACUCUAGAAGAGAGAAAGGAGAAAGUUAAUAAGAUUUGUGUCAUGGAAAACUCAUCUCCAGAGGAUAAACGCUUAAUGGUUGAAUGUUUGAAUGUUUGA